AUGGCUGUUAACCUGUUGAAGACGAUCGCUCUCUUCGCUCUCUCUUCCCUUCUGAUCUUUAAAGGAGCCGUUGGUGAUCUAAUGUGCGAGGAGCUGCCAGUAGAGCUGUGCGCCUACUCGAUCUCCGACGCAGGAAAGAGAUGCGUGCUGGAGAACUACUUGGCCAGGAAAGGGAUUGUGAAGUACCAAUGCAAGACAUCGGAAGUGGUUGUUGAGACGAUGAGCGGAUGGAUCGAGACGGAGGCAUGCAUCAACGACUGCGGCCUUGACAGAAACGCCGUCGGGAUCUCUUCUGAUUACCUCCUCUCCCCCAACUUCGUUGCCAAGCUCUGCUCCCAGCCCUGUUCCAGCUACUGCCCCAACAUUCUCGAUCUCUACUCCAACUUGGCUCAAGCCGAAGGAAUGAACUUGCAUGAUAUCUGCAGCAGGGGGGAUGGUGCUCCUCGUCGCGCAUUGUACGAUCAGCCCAGGAGUUCAGGUGCUGCUUUCGACGGUGGUGCUAUGGGAACUGCUGGGGAAGAAGAUGGAGCUAUUGGAGCCCCAAUCGGUUCUCCUCUGUCUUCCCCUGCUUUUACAUUUGCGGAUGAUGGUACUGCUACUGCAUUUGCUCCUUCUCCUGAUACCUUCUGA